AUGGUUAAAAAUAACUAUGAAAGAGUUUCUACGACAGAUGCAGAACACUCUGGAGUUAAUUCCCCAACCGUAGAUUUAGUUGCUCCAGAGUCAAAUAAUUUAAGUGUUGAGGAUGACUUAAAUCUAUCGAAUGAUACUCUACCGGUUGAGCCUCCAACCUAUGAUGAUGCUCAUAAUUUAGAGAAUAUUAAUAAUUUCGAUGAAGAAAUGCAGAUGGAAGACUUAAACCAAUUUAAUAACGAGGGAGAUGAAACUAUGAUCAAGAAAAUGAAACAUGUAUUUAAAAAUCUAAAUUAUUAUUACCAUGUUAAUGUAAAAGAGAAAAUAUUAGAUCCAAUAUUUAUAAUAUCUGAAAUGUUUUCAGAGAAAAUAGAUUUCUAUUUGAACAAAGUUGGUAACCCAUUGAUCUUAAGAAGAUUUUUUUAUAUCAUAUUCAUGUCCAUUGUAUCGUUUGUUGUGGUAUCUAGUGGUUUGCUUCCGAGUAGUAAUAAAGAAGCUCUUCUUGGAAUGUUCACCAACAUACCUGUACUAUUACAAUAUUCAAAAAUCUCGUUGGAUCUCGCUAAGUUAGAAAAUGAUUUAGAGUACAUUAGUAGCAUGCCACACUCUUCUGGUUCAAGAGGAGAUACGGCAAUUAAAGAUUAUAUUAAGAGUUCAUUUAGAAACAAUGGUUUAAAAUCGGUCAUCGAGUCAGAGUAUCCAGCUUACGCAAAUUAUUAUAAUUCAGCUAACCUUACCAUUUACACCAAGGAUAACAAAAAGAUUGAUAUACCAUUGGAUGAUAGAAAUUGGAACCCAUUCUCUUUAAAUGGUUCCGUAAGUCAAUCUAAUUUGAUUUAUGCUAAUCAAGGUAGUUUGACUGAGUUGUCCAAAUUGAAGAAGGAAAAUAUGAUCACCGAUAAUACUGUCUUGUUAAUGGAUUAUUCAAAAUUGGUGUCAGAACAGGUUUUAGCAGCUCAGAAAUAUGGUGCAAAGGGUGUCUUAUUUAUUUCUAAUGUAGGUGCUGGAAAUGGCGAUUUAGUUCAAUCCAGAUCCGUUGCUUUGAAUCAAUUUUAUACUGGUGAUGCGUUGACUCCAGGUUGGACUGGUCAUGCAAUUCAAGAUAAUGAUUUUGGAAGUGCGCCUGUUUUACCAAAGUUACUUUCGUUGCCUAUAUCACAGAACCAGGCUAAAUUAAUAUUAGAUGCGUUAUCACAUAAAGGUGUUAAACUUGAUAAUGGAGCUCAUAGUGGUAUCCCUGGUGAUGUGAAGGUAGAUUUUUCUGUCGCAACUACAAUUAGAGAAAGACAUUCUGUUUUUAAUAUCAUGGGUAAAAUUGAAGGUAGAGAACAAAGUGAAAAAGCUAUUAUCAUUGCAGCGUCAAGAAAUUCAUACAGCUACGGUACAUCAUAUCCAAAUUUUGGUACUAGUGUUCUCUUAUCGUUAGUACAACUUUUUGAAGGAUUUAAAUAUAAGUUUAACUGGCGACCUUUAAGGAGCAUAUAUUUUAUAUCAUUUGGUGGAUCAGAAUUCAACUAUGCUGGAGCAGCUGAAUUUGUAGAACAAAGAACUUCUCAUAUAAGAAAAGAAGUAUAUUCUGUAUUGGAUAUUUCACAACUUGGUAUUACAUCUAAUUCGCAUAAGAUUGAUAUCCAAACUCACCCUCUUUUGAAAUCAUUAUUCAUGUCAGAUGAUAAUAAGCUCAAAUUUGAUGUCCAUGUUUCUGAUGUUCAUCAGUAUGGUGAUUGGACACCAUUCUUAGCAAAUGGUGUACCUGUGACCAUCCUGUCUUCAAAACAGGUGACUCAAGAUAAUGAUAUUGCAUAUACCGAUCAAGAUACGUUUGAUAAAUACAGUGAACUAUUACAUGAAAACGACAGAAAAAAUUUAACAAGUGAUCUUAUGACAUAUCUAUUGAAUAUAAUUUUAAAAAUGGUAGACGUGCCAUUAUUACCAUUUGACAUUCGUACAUAUCAAAAUGAAUUAAAGAACCAUUUAUCUAAAGCAGAAUCUCUUUACGGAAAGAAAUUGAACUUUAAGGAUGUUUCUUCUGCAAUUAAUAAAUGGAAAAGGAUUGCAAUUGAACAAGAAUCUUGGAUCAGAAGUUGGGAUAAUAUUGUUGUUCAACAUAGCAGCAAUUUAGAGCCUUCUCUUUUAUCCAUACAUAGAUGGAACUGGAAUAAAUUACUAAGUACAAUCAGCACUUCACAGAUUUCUGUUACAGGUAUCUACAAAAGAAGACAUUACAAAAAUAUAUUAUUUGGCCCUGCAGUUUGGACUAAUGGUUUAAGUGAUGAAUUUGCAUGGGUAUUCCCUGGUUUAAGGGAUGCAGCCGAUGAGAACGCAUGGAAUGAAGCACAAAUCCAGUUAGAUGUCAUCACGGGAGCGUUAGUGAAAUCAUUGAGUAAAAUUAUGGAUGGACGUUCUGAUAACAUAUAUCAAUAA